UUCGAAGUAAAAAAAAAAAAAGAGAGAAAGAUAAAAGGCCUUUUGAAGGCUAAAAGACAACUCACGUCAAAAGGGGCUAAUCCUUCAAAUAUAUAUAUACAAAAGAAAAAACAGUAAUUGCAGACAAUUAGUCCUUGGAAAGUGGAAAACUUUCUCCACAACGGUUCGUCUAGAGAUUGGCGUGGCCUUGAACAACCCCCCUCAAUACGCUCUUACCAUUCAUCCACACAAAUUUCAGUAAAGACCCAGUUGCAUUUUCGUCUUCGUUAGUUACCCAGUUGCGCAGGAAGACGGUCAAUACACUCUUCUCACAUUUCUGAUUUGGGACAUGUGAGAAAUCAAGUGGCCAUCCUUUAGAGGAAGCUAUUAAAGCAAGUGGUUCUUCAUCCGUUCAUGGGGAUUUGUUUAGUUUUCAGAGCUUGGUUCAUCAUAGGGUUCUAUCACAUUGGGUUGCCAUAUUGAUUGGUAAUAUAUAAACAAGAAAAGGGCUUCCAUGGCUACUGAGGGCAGUCCCAGGACUGAUAUCUCAACAGAUGGGGACACAGAUGAAAAAAGCGGGAGGCCUGAUAGAGGCCAACUUGCUCUUACCAUGGCUUCUGAUUCUAGUGACAGAUCAAAGGAUAAAACUGAUCAGAAGACUCUUCGCCGGCUAGCACAAAAUCGUGAGGCUGCAAGGAAAAGCCGUUUGAGGAAAAAGGCAUAUGUUCAACAACUAGAAAGCAGUCGAUUAAAGUUGACACAACUUGAGCAGGAGCUUCAGCGAGCACGACAACAGGGAAUUUUCAUAUCAAGCUCGGGUGACCAGACCCAUUCAAUGAGUGGAAAUGGGGCCAUGGCAUUUGAUGUAGAAUAUGCCCGAUGGCUUGAAGAUCACAAUCGUCAACUGAACGAAUUGAGAUCAGCUGUUAACUCACAUGCAAGUGACCCAGAAUUGCGUAUUGUUGUCGAUGGCAUCUUGGUUCAUUAUGAUGAGCUCUUUAGACUCAAGGGAAAUGCAGCAAAGGCUGACGUUUUCCAUUUAUUAUCAGGCAUGUGGAAAACACCUGCAGAAAGAUGUUUUCUUUGGCUUGGGGGUUUUUGUUCAUCCGAGCUCUUAAAGCUUCUUGUAAAUCAACUGGAGCCUCUAACGGAGCAGCAGUUGGUGGGAAUCACAAACUUGCAGCAAUCAUCACAGCAGGCAGAAGAUGCAUUAUCACAAGGGAUGGAGGCCUUGCAACAGUCCCUGGCAGAGACAUUGUCGAGUGGAGCUCUCGGUUCCUCUGGUUCGUCAGGGAAUGUCGCAAACUACAUGGGUCAAAUGGCCAUGGCCAUGGGUAAACUCGGGACCCUCGAGGGCUUUAUACGCCAAGCUGACAAUCUACGACAACAGACACUUCAACAAAUGCACCGAAUAUUGACAACUCGUCAGUCUGCUCGUGCACUUCUUGCCAUACAUGACUACUUCUCCAGACUACGUGCUCUUAGUUCGCUCUGGCUUGCUCGUCCCAGAGAGUAAAACAACUUCUCUGUUUAGUUUAACCAAAAGCUAGUUUUGGUGACACUGCAGAGACAUGAAAGGAGCAGUUAAGGUAACACCCAUUUUGUAUCAAUUCAUUGGCAAUGCCUGCCUUUCUUCUUGGAACUGAGAUCUGUCACGAAGAAUAAUUUGUUUGUAAUUUGGUAUUUUAGGUGUUCUUGUCACAUCUGUAUAAAUAUUGAUACAAACUAACUCAAACUUCCAUUGUUUCUCAAGUAAAUUAAUAAUAGUUCUACAAAACCAACCCAAUUAAGUGCUCUUUGAAUCAUAA